AUGAAGUGCUUAUGUGCAGGAUGUGGUGACAAGGGCGAGAUCAAAAUAACGCCCGACAACAGACUAACAAUAAAAGAAAAACAGUCUGUCCCCAAAAAUAAAAACACCCUAGUCAACCCCAACACUGUUUUGGAAAUCAUGCCUGAUAAAACUUUGAAAAAACAAAUAACAUUUAGACCCAAAGUUGAUAUAAUGUAUGAUUCCGAAUCAUGUCAUGCUAUCUUAGUUUUAGAUAUACCAGGAUUUAAAAUUGAUGAUAUUGAUGUAGAGAUAGGAGAAGGAAUGUUAACUAUAGCAGGGCCAAGAUCUCAAACCGAGUUAUUUGAAACAUAUGGAGAUAAUCUUAUUUUACAUGCCAAAGAAAGAGAAGUCGGUUAUUUCAAAAGAAUUUUCAAAUUGCCUCACAAUAUCCUUGAUGACACUGCUCAUGCAGUAUACAAAAAUGGAAUACUCGAAAUAAAGAUGGAAUGCAAACAAUUCUCAUACAUGCAUAAAGUAGAAAUAAACGAAGCAUAA